CACCUGCUGGCGUACCAGCGGCUGGCGUCUGGCCUGCCGCUCAUGUACGGCUGCGAUUCGGCCUACCUGCAGGCGCUCCAGGGCCAGGCGGCCGCAGCACCGGGCAAGGAGGGCGCCGUGCCGCUGGCGCCUCCGCUCGGCACGCCAGCCUGGCCUUACGGCCUCUACUACCCGUACGGCGAGUCGGGCCUCUCGCCCUACGGGCUGCCCGCAGGGUACGGGUUUGGUUUGGACGGGUCCAGGAGGAAGAACGCCACACGGGAAACGACAUCAACCCUGAAGGCAUGGCUGAACGAGCACAAGAAGAACCCGUACCCGACCAAGGGCGAGAAGAUCAUGCUGGCCAUCAUCACCAAGAUGACGCUGACGCAGGUCUCCACGUGGUUCGCCAACGCCCGUCGGCGGUUGAAGAAGGAGAACAAGAUGACCUGGGAGCCGCGAAACCGAACCGACGACGACGACGGCGACUCGGACGCGGAGGUCGGCAAGUCCGACGACGACGCCAAACCGGAGAGAGAAGGUGAGGCCUGA